GAACAAUCUCCACGACACUUUAGUUCGAACAACCCGAUUACUCAAUUUGGGUCCUGAACGCGCCUGCGUUUUGCCUAUUGAAAUCUCGUAAUAAUUAAAUUUCUUCAUAAACAAAACAAAAUUUUCACCUAGAUUGCACAAAUUUUCAAGUUUUUCUCUCGGUUUUCUUUCUACUUUUUUAAUAAGAUCAUUCGACUUAUACGCUAUAUACGUCUGUGUGAGUUACCGUCGUCAUACGCUCCGUUGCGGUUUUCGAUCGGAGCUAGAAUUGCAGCUUCUGCUGUUGAAUUGGGUCUUUUUGAAGUGUUUUGAGCUGGUAAUUUAGGUGUAUUUCGCGGGAAGACCUGGCUUCGGGAGCGUCAAGGGUUUUUAAUUGGGGUUUCGCAUUGGAAUUUAUUGUUCAUGUCGAAUCUAGGGUUUUUUGUUGGGGUUCUUGCUUAAGAAUGGGAAUUAAGCACGGGUUGUGCAUGGAUUUACAUGUGGGUCCUGAUUGAAGAAUAAAGCCUGGUGCUUUAAUUUCGUCUCUUUAAGUUACAAAUAAAUAUUUGAUUCUUGUGCGUAUUUCUUUGUAAUUUAGGGUUCUGGACGUUGUGUAUGUUCAUAGGAAAGGAACAUUAGAAGAAUAACUACUCGAAGUAGUUGUAGCGCUGUUGUUUGUAAAGUAGGAAAUAAAUUGGUUGCAGCUGGAGUGGCAGGGAAGGAAUAAUGUUUUAUUCACAGUUCAUAUUGGCAAAAAAGGGUCCAUUAGGAACCAUUUGGAUAGCGGCGCACUUGGAGCGUAAGCUUCGUAAAAAUCAAGUUGCUGAUACUGAUAUUGGAGUUUCUGUAGACUCAAUUCUUUUUCCUGACGUGCCGAUUGCACUUCGGUUGUCAAGCCAUCUCUUGCUUGGUGUGGUGAGAAUCUAUAAUAAAAAGGUAAACUACCUAUUUGAUGACUGCAGUGAGGCUUUGCUCAAAGUUAAGCAAGCUUUUCGCUCCACUGCUGUUGACCUACCCCCAGAAGAGUCAAAAGCACCAUAUCACUCUAUUACCUUGCCCGAGAAGUUUGAUCUUGAUGAUUUCGAGCUGCCAGAUACAGACAUUACUCAGGGUAACUAUGUUGAUCAUCAUAUUAGUUCGAGGGAGCAAAUCACCCUUCAGGACACGAUGGAAGGUGUCAGUUAUUCCACAUCAAAGUUUGGGCUGGAUGAGAGAUUUGGUGACGGCGAUGCUUCUGGAUUGGACCUGGAUGAGGAACUGUUUAUGAACAAAAUUGGAGCUGCAGGCGAUGCCAAUGAGAGUGCUGAUCCCCAGGCUUCUUACCAACCAACAUCACCCCUCAAGCAUGAUGAACAUCGUAUAGAUAGGGCCACAAAUUCAGAUAUAAUGGUCGAUGAUGCUGAUGAACCGGAUGAUCUCAUGGACUAUGCACAGGCUCCUUGCACUCCUCGACUUGUGGAGGAACCAAAUUUAUCUAAUGCCAAAGGUGCCUCAGCAUGUGAUGACCAUCUGGAAACGGAAUAUCAUUUAAUGGAAUCAACAGUGAGGGAGAACGAAGAUAAUGUUCCUUACAAGGAUAAACAAGAGGCGGAUUGGUGUUCCCGAGAGGAUAAAAUUUCCGAUGCUGUACCUCUGGGGCAACACGAGGAGAAUGGUCCCAUUUCUAGUAGAUUGGAAAUCAAUGAAUCAAAUUCACAACGCGAAUCUCAUCUAGAAGGUCAUGAUGAAGACAUAAGACCUAUUUCAGAAUUCACUGAUGGGAUGGAGGUAGCUAAUGGCCAACUUCUGGAGAAUUUGCAAACGGAAGCUGUCCAAGAAGUUAACAAGACUGGUAAUAACUAUCAAGGUCCCGGUGAAGUUGACACGGAAAUAAAUGCUGGUGAAACCUUUGAAUUGGCUAGCAGUGACCAGCAAGUUGUUGAAGGUGUACCCUUAAAAGAUCUAGCUUCGCCUGCGGUUGAUGUCUCUAACUGUGUAGGAAAAGCUAUUAAUCAGCAGGAAUCAUGUGAUGAUGGUCCGGGAUUGGCUCCGAAAAAUCAGGUUGAGUCAUUCCUAGAAGCUCCUGAAACUCGAGCUUGUCAGCAAACUGAGAACUCAGUGAAUAUCGAGACUCGUGAUAAAGAGGUGUCUAGCGUAACUAUACUAUCUGGGCAAUACAAUUCUGUCGUGGAAAAUCCUGAUGUCACAAAGCCUGGGGAUAGCAUCUCAACUGAUGCUGGUGCAAAGUCCAAUGCUCCUUCCUUUGUAAUCUGUGAAGGGGAAAACACAAUGGAGUCAGGUCAAGAGUACGGCAUAAAUAGUAACCCUGAGCAUAGCCAGAAAGAAAAUCAAGUGCCAGAGCUUGCAUCUGGUGAAGAUACCUUAGUGAUUGUUGAGGAAGCGGAUGCUCAAGUACAUAAUGCAAAUUCACAAUAUAGGUCGGUUGAGGAUUUAAAAAACUCAGCGGAACAUGAGUUUUCUGCUCCUGAGAAAUUGCUUUCAGUACCAGAAGGCCAUGUGGAUUCACAUAUAGACAUGCCAGUAGAGAUAAACACGAGUGAAUUUGUGGGGUUCGAUGGAGGUGAUGCCGGGAGCAAGAGCGCUGCAGGCAGAAAGCGUAGUUUUACUGAAAGUACAUUAACAGAGCAGAGUCUGAAUUCAGCUGAAUCCUCGAGGCAAGUCCGUGCUAGAACCGCAGGAUCGGUUCCGGAUUACGAUGAUUUGUUGUCAUCCAUUUUAGUUGGUAGAAAAUCGUCAGCUUUGAAAGUAAAGCCAACACCUCCACUCACUGAGGUGACCUCAAUGAAGCGUGGUCGUUCCGUUCUUCGUUCUAGAGCUCCCAAAAGGAAAGUGCUUAUGGAUGAUACCAUGGUUUUGCACGGCGAGUAUGUCCUUCCUUUUGCUGAUAACAUUAUCAUCUUUUUCCUGCUGUUUAUUUAUGUUCUCUUCCUAGUGUUAACAUUUUCAAAUUUUCUCGUCCAUUGUUUUGGCUUGAAAUUAUUUGCUUGCUGGUCCAUGUUUGAAAAACAAUUGGAAUUUAUGUUGUCUCUGUUGCCUGAUAGCACGAUACGACUUCAGCUGACCAAUACGGAAGACAUACGUCGUGCUAGAAAGAAAGCUCCGUGUACGCUGUCUGAAAUUUCAGUGAUACAGAAACAGCAUAUGGAAGACGAAUUUUUUGUCGAGACUGUAUUCAGUGGCAUGACAGCUGAAUUGACAUCUUUGCAUAGUCAGAUUUGUGAUUUGAGUCGCAUCAGGGUAUGCAAAGAUGAUCCAAAUGGUCCCUCUCUUGAAACUUUGGCUGAAGCAAGGUUGCCUUCCCAAGACGACACAAUUCUUGCUACCCCUGAAAGUACUUUUGGACCAAAUUUAGCUUCCCUGGAUGACAACAAAUCUGAUGUUCCUCUUGAAACUGUGGCUCGAGUGCAUUUGACAUCCUCUAAUAAUGGAAACUAUGAUGAAGCACCCGAAGGUGAUAAUGUAAUAGAAACAAGUGAGCAAGGGGUAAACAAUCAGAUUUUAAUCGCGAAAGAGAAUGAACCGACUAGUCUCCGUGAGAUUCUGCCACAAAAUGAAAUAAUUCUGGAGGGAGUCAACGACACAAAAGGCGAUGAUAGUCUCAGUCAAGAGCCAACUAAACCUACUGAUGAUGUGCGCACAGAUGCUUCAGUGGAUGAGGUUUUAGUGAAUGCAGCUGACUUAGGAGCGGGUCCCACAGAUGCUGUUUCUGAUAAUCUUUCUAUUCCUGAAGUUAAGGAAUUAGACUUCACCAGACAUGCUAAGGAUGAUGUGGAUCAAACUGGCUGUUUAGACGAGUCUGGCAAGAGAAAUUCUCACGUGAAUGUGGAUGCAUUGGAUGUUGUGCCCUCAGCUGAGUUGGAUUGUGCCGAUAUUUAUGAUGAGCAGGGAAUUGCCAGAGAAGAAAUGGCGAAGAAGGAUGAUGACGUUAAUGUGGAGUUGGUUAUGGAAGUUGGAGAAAAGGAUGAUAUUUUUCUGGAUAUGAACGAAGAUGCAGCUGUUGAAAAGGGAGCCGAUGUUAAUUACAGGGAGCUGGAGCAUAAUCUUGAGACCGAAUUUUAUAAUGAAGAACAACGAGAAUUGGAGUUUUCACAUCAAGUGCUUGAGGGCAUGCUAGAUGAUGGUUUCAUUAAUGCCUCAGAAAAUCCAAAUCACUCGGAAGCUUAUCAACCCAAUGUGAUGGAUGCAGAAACUUGUGGUUUUGACAUGAAUUAUCCAGGCUUCAGCUUCUUUGUUAUGCAGGACAUAUUUUAUGCGAGUGCUGGAAAUGAUACAGCGUUUCUCAAUGUUGAUGAUGACGAGCUAACUGAAAUAGCUGAUGAUCAUAUGCCUGAUGAUGAAGAGGCACAAUAUACUGAGAACAGUGGGUGGUCUUCGCGUACAAGGGCUGUCUCCAAGUACCUCCAGUCGGCAUUUGUUAAAGAGGCAGAAAGUGGAAGGAAGUCUCUUUCCAUGGACAAACUUUUAAUUGGUAAAUCACGCAAGGAAGCAUCUAGAAUGUUUUUCGAGACAUUGGCUAUCGACUCGUCGAGUAUCUGCAGACGAGCAAAGGGGCAAAAAAGAACGCGAAACUACCAGAAGAUCCCUGGAACGAUGUCGUCGCAACCUCAAAUCUCCGAAACCAGUACUAGAGUGGGUUGGUAUAUUCUUGGAUUGGACCAACAACUUAUAGGCCCGUACACUACCUCUGAGUUGCAGGAGCAUUAUUCAAGUGGAUACUUGACCCAGAAUACACUUGUAUGGUCGGAAGGGUGCAGUGACUGGCAGCCGCUAUUUUCAGUUCCUGGGUUGUCUAUUAAUGCUCCACAGGAAAUUGCACCAGAUUUGGUGCCUGACACUUCUAAAGAGGAAGAUGAGUUCAAAAAGUGGCAAAGAGAGGUUAGUGAAGCAGAAGCGGAGGCAGAGGCUGAGGUUAGCGUAAAUGUUGAAAACGAAAGGCCAACGACGCCACCUGAGGGUGAAGAAGAAUUCACCGAUGAUGAUGGAACUACGUAUAAGUGGGAUCGAACUCUUAAAGCUUGGGUACCUCAGGAAGACAUACCUCCGAAAGAUGAGUAUGCUCCUGAAGAUAUGACUUUUGUGCAAGAAGAGGAAGUUUUUCCAACUAUGAAUACUGAUGAGUUGACAGUGAAAAAAGAGGUUAAAGAUGCUGUUGAAGCUGAUGAAAAAAAGCCAAACAGCAAACGGAAGUCGCCAGAUAAUACAGAUGAUAAGAAAGGUGCGGAUAAGAAGGAAGCCAACAAACCUCCUGAUUCUUGGUUUGAAUUAAAAGUAAAUACUCAUGUUUAUGUCACCGGCUUGCCUGAGGACGUUACUACUGAAGAGAUAGUUGAAGUUUUCUCCAAGUGUGGUAUCAUAAAGGAGCAAGCAUCUGUACCUCUAGCUAUCCAGAUUUUGGACGGGGCACCUCUUAGGUCGGAUGGUAAGAUUCCCAUGACAGUUUCAGAAGCUAAGUUUGAGCAAAAAGGUGAUAAGUUUGUAUCCAAGCAAGUGGACAAGAAUAAGAAGAGAAAGCAUCAGAAGGUCGAGCAGAAAAUGCUGGGAUGGGGUGGCCGUGAUGAUGCAAAGGUGUCGAUUCCAGCAACUGUUAUUCUUCGCUACAUGUUCACCCCUGCAGAAUUGAGGGCUGAUGAGAAUUUGCGAUCCGAAUUAGAGGAGGAUGUACGUGACGAGUGUGGCAAACUUGGUCCCUUAGAUUCUGUCAAGGUCUGUGAGAAUAACCCGCAGGGUGUUGUGUUGGUGAAGUAUAAGGAUAGCAAGGAUGCUCAUAAGUGUAUAGAGUUGAUGAAUGGCCGAUGGUUUGGUGGAAAACAGAUACAGGCAAGCAUUGAUGAUGGAUCUGUAAACCAUGCUUUGAUACGGGAUUUGGAAGAAGAGACUGAUAGACUGGAGAAGUUUGGAGCUGAACUUGAAGCUGAUUGACGAUUUUGACAAUAACAUCGCAAGAGGUGAUAGACGAGGGGCUUGUGUGUGGGAUCUGCACGGACUUGUAGAAUUUUAAAAACCAUCUCUGUUCGUUAUGAAUUUGCAUCGGUGUAUUGUUUUGGUCCUUCAAGAAUGUGCAAAUCUGGACAAAGGAGAAAGAGAAACUGUACUUGAGAAGUGAUUUUUUGUUCUCAAAUUUCCUUUGAGAUUGUAGUAGCCUUGAAUACACUCGAGAAUCUGGAUUUUGCAAUGUGGUAUGUGGAUAUAGAUAUUUCUUUCAUUGAAGAUGCGUGCGUGCAUUGGAUGGGAGCAAUUUUAGCUUCUCCCC